UCCAGACAGUUAGCGGAGCUGAGGCGCCCCCAGCUGCUCCCCUCCGCGCCCUGACCCCCGGCGCGCGACCGCGGCGCGACUCGACGGCGCAAACGCGAGGCGCUGGGAGAAGGGCGCGCAGGCGCCGCUGGGGGGAGUGCGGCCGCGCAGGCGCGGACAGCGUUGGUUCGGAGAAGACCUUCAGCGUUGCCCUGACGGAGCCGAGACAGGCCCUCUGGUUGGAGAUAUGUGUAACACACCGACUUACUGUGACCUAGGAAAGGCUGCCAAGGAUGUCUUCAAUAAAGGAUACGGGUUUGGCAUGGUCAAAAUAGAUCUGAAAACCAAGUCUUGUAGUGGAGUGGAAUUUUCCACUUCUGGUCAUGCUUACACUGAUACAGGGAAAGCGUCAGGCAACCUAGAGACCAAGUACAAGAUCUGUAACUAUGGACUAACCUUCACCCAGAAGUGGAACACAGACAAUACUCUGGGGACAGAAAUCUCUUUGGAGAAUAAGUUGGCUGAAGGGUUGAAAUUGACUCUUGAUACCAUAUUUGUACCGAACACAGGAAAGAAGAGUGGGAAAUUAAAGGCUUCCUAUAAGCGGGAUUGUUUCAGUCUUGGCAGUAAUGUUGAUAUAGAUUUUUCUGGACCAACCAUCUAUGGCUGGGCUGUGUUGGCCUUUGAAGGUUGGCUUGCUGGCUAUCAGAUGAGUUUUGACACAGCCAAAUCCAAACUGUCACAGAAUAAUUUUGCCCUGGGAUACAAGGCCGCAGACUUCCAGCUGCACACUCAUGUGAAUGAUGGCACUGAAUUUGGAGGUUCUAUCUACCAGAAGGUUAACGAGAAGAUUGAAACGUCAAUAAACCUUGCUUGGACGGCUGGCAGUAAUAAUACCCGUUUUGGCAUCGCUGCUAAAUACAAGCUGGAUUGUAGAACUUCUCUGUCUGCUAAAGUAAAUAAUGCCAGCUUGAUUGGACUGGGUUAUACUCAGACCCUUCGACCAGGAGUCAAACUGACCUUAUCAGCUUUAAUUGACGGAAAGAACUUCAAUGCAGGAGGUCACAAGGUUGGGUUGGGAUUUGAACUGGAAGCUUAAUGUGGUUUGAGUAGAAAGAACAUCAGAUUUGUCCUUGGAAGUGAAGAGAAAUGAACCCACUAUGUUUUGGCCUUAAAAUUCUUCUGUGAAAUUUCAAAAGUGUGAAUGAACUUUUUAUUCUUCCAAAGAAUUGUAAUCCUCCCCACACUGAAGUCUAGAGAUUGCAGGUCCAUCCCAGGGGAGGUGCUUGAAGGCAUGCCUGGCAGUUGUCCUGUUUGUGCCACAUUUCAGUUCAGUUCUGCAGUGUUAAUUUAAAUGUGUUCUUCAGCGACAGUGUAGUGUCACGUUAAAGAAAAUGACCCAACCCUCCAGUUUGUACAUCACGCUCUGCAUGUCCCACGCCACUUCCAUGACCUUUGAAUAUAUCAGUCUCUGUGCUGUAGUGGAAUCUUUGGUUUUGCAUCAGAGUAAAAUAAAAUAAACCCAUCACAUUUGGAACAUAA